AUGGUCCGUAAGCUCAAGCAUCACGAGCAGAAGCUCCUCCGCAAAGUCGAUCUGAUAAACUACAAAUCCGACGGGCCAUCACACCGCGAAGCCGCAGUCCGACGACGAUACCACCUCACCCACCCUCUCGACUACAGCAAAUACAACACACUAUGCGGCCGACUACGGCAACUCGCCCACCUCCUAUCGAAUCUCGAUCCCAGCGAUCCGUACCGCGUCGAGAUGGAAACCAUCAUGCUGGAGAAACUGCAUCAGAUCGGGAUCCUGAAACAAAACAGACAGCAAGGCGCCGGCCUUUCGACGGUGGAGAACGACAUCACGGUCUCCGCGUUCUGUCGGCGCAGGCUGGGGAUUGUCAUGGUGCGGAUCGGAAUGGUCGAGCAUGUUAGCACGGCGCAUAAGUUCGUGGAACAGGGUCAUGUGAGAGUCGGAACGGAGGUGGUGACGGAUCCGGCGUUUUUGAUCAGUCGCGGAAUGGAGGACUUUGUCACCUGGGUUGAUGGGAGUAAAGUCAAGAGGCAAGUCUUACAAUAUCGUGACAAGCUGGAUGAUUUCGAACUGUUGUGA